AUGCGGCGCGUUGUUGUAACAGGUCUUGGGGCGGUAACACCGCUGGGUGUUGGUGCUCGGCGUACUUGGAAACGCUUGUUAGAUGGUCAUUGCGGUGUCGUCAAUGUGAAAGAUCGCGAUGAGCGCUUCGCAGAGCAGCCCUGUCAAGUUGCGGCUGUUGUACCACAGGGAUCACGCGAGGACGGCGGCUGGACGGCUUCGCAAUGGCUAGAAAAGGGUGAGGAGCGUAAAAUGGCCAAAUUCGCCCAGUAUGCCAUGGCUGCCACAGAGGAGGCACUUCAGGAUGCAAAUUGGAAGCCUAAGCCUUUUGAGCAAAGAGAGGUGACGGGAGUCUGCCUUGGGUCGGGUAUCGGCAAUUUCGAGGAAAUGUACAACACAGUUGUUGCGUAUGAGAAGGGAGGCUACAAGAAGGUCAAUCCACUUUUUGUGCCUAAGCUGCUGAUCAACCUUGGUGCUGGGCAUAUCUCUAUGAAGUAUCAAUUCAUGGGUCCCAACCACGUCGUAACCACGGCGUGCACAACUGGUGCUCAUUCUAUUGGCGAUGCAGCUAGAUUCAUCGCCUGUGGUGACGCCGAUGUGAUGGUGGCCGGUGGCGCCGAGUCUUGCAUCCAUCCUUUGGCUAUUGGCGGAUUUGCUCGCGCGAGAAGUCUUGCCACGGCCUUCAACGACAGCCCUGAGACCGCAUCACGGCCUUUUGAUGCUGAUCGCGCUGGCUUUGUGGUUGGCGAGGGUGCCGCUGUGUUGAUCCUGGAGGAACUAGAGCAUGCUCUUGCAAGAGGAGCUAAGAUAUAUGCAGAACUCAAAGGAUAUGGCUGCUCUGGCGAUGCACACCACAUGACAUCGCCGAAGGAAAAUGGAGAAGGCGCAUACAUGGCCAUGAAAAAGGCGCUCAAGCAGGCCCAGCUACGCCCUUCUGCCGUUGACUAUGUUAACGCACAUGCCACCUCAACUAUUGUUGGUGAUGCUGCAGAGAAUGCUGCUAUCAAGGCUCUGUUGCUGGGCCCCGAAGGCAAAGAUAAGGCAGCUGAGGUUAAUGUCAGUAGCACCAAGGGAGCCCUCGGUCACCUUCUCGGCGGGGCUGGUGCGAUCGAAGCUCUGAUCAGCGUGCUUGCGAUCCAUGAAAACACCAUGCCACCCACCAUCAAUUUGGACCGGUUGGCAAAUGGGUUUGACUGCAAUUAUGCUGCAAAAGAACCGCAAUCAAGGCAGAUUGAUGUGGCUUUGACAAAUAGCUUUGGAUUUGGUGGCACCAAUAGUAGCUUGUGCUUUGCGAAGUAUUAA